GAAAAAACUUUUCCAAGAGUCCGUGAACGCAGCAUUGCCUAGCAACAACGCAACAGGCUGAAGUUGCUCCGCAGGCGUAGAAAACUUUGAGCAAACUCCUCUUCUCGGACACCAACGAUGCCCAGAAAGAAGGAGAAGAAGAGGAAGGACGACAGACCGGAGGAGGAGGAGAAGGAGAAGACGACUGGCGACGACAGAGAGAAGGAGUUGUACCUGAUUCAGAUUCGAUAUUUGAACGAGCAGCUGGAGAGAUCUCAGCUGAAGUGUGAUGAACUAGAGAAGCAGAAGAAGGACUCGGACUCUCACUGCGCCGCCCUGGAGAAAGAGAAAAAGGACAUCGUGGACUAUCUGAAACACUCCGUGUUGGAGAAGGAGGACGAGGCGCAGGAGCUGUCGGAGCGCCUGGAGAGUCAGCGGCAGGCCUCGGACCAGGCCCGGGAAGCCCUGCGGCUGCAGCACGAGCGGCUGAGGCAGGAGCUCCGAGCCCGGAUAGAGGAACUCACCGGGGAGAACGGGACGCUCGCGACCAGGCUGGCGGUUCUGGAGGAGUUCCAGGAGCAGAAGGAGCAGCUCAUGUCCAACAUGGCGUCUCUGGAGAAGCAGCUGGUCAGUCUGAAGGAGGAGCACAAAGCCGACGUCCACAGCCUGGAGAUGAAAGCUCUGCUGGAGAAGAGGAGCCUGGAGAAGGAGAUGGAGAGCCACGCGGCGGCCACGGCGGCCCAGCUCGGCCACCUGGUGGACCAGAGGGUCCCCGAGGCGACCCGGCGGGCGCUGCGGGAGAACGCCGAGGCGAGCGCUCGCUGCGGCCAGCUGUCCGAGCAGGCCCACGCGCUCAUGAAGGAGAACGCCGCCCUGCGCGACCGCAAGAGUCAACUGGCCGUGGACGUGGACAUCCUGGAGCAGAUGCUCGGCGAGCUGUCGCGCAAGAGCUGCGUCCGCAAGAAGGUGAUGGAGCAGCUGACGGAGAAGUGUCGGCAGCUGCAGACGGAGCUGGAGCUCUGCAGGCAGGAGCAUCGGCAGCUUCACGCCAAACACAAACUCGCCCUGGCUCGGACGGAGACGCUCAGACAGGACCUGGCCUCGCUGUCAGAGCAGUGCAGGGAAAGCAGAGCUGAGGCGAGUCAGCUGGAGGCGGAGCUACUGGAAGAGAGGAGGAUGAGGAGCCGGAUGAAGAGCGUCACGCAGGAAGCAGCCGUCACUGUCAGACGAGCGCUGAUGGAGGCCUCGGACGUGGGCGUCGUCCCGUGGAAGCAGCUGAUGCUGAGGCUGCUGGUCGUCUUGGACGGACCCACGCUCGGUAACUUCUCUGCCGAGGAACCGGCUGAACCUCAGACGUCUGACGCUGCAGCAGCCGGAGCAGCGAGUCUGGAUCCAGCGUCGAGCCGCCGGGUCCGUCCGGCCCGUCACAGGCCGGGAGACCUCGGCCUCGCUCCUCCGUCUCCUCCACCCAAACACUCGGUCUCCGGGUCGGGACGUGGGUUCGUCCUGCCUCUGCACAGGAAACCUUCCGGUCAGAAGACGUCCAUCUCCGUUCACCCGAGCGACUCAGCCAUCAGGCUCGAGACCUUCAGACACUUGGUCAACAGACGGAAAUGACUGAAAUCUAAUUUUUAAAAACACUAGAAGAGCAUUUUAAUGUGAAAGAAACUACUGUUAUAUCUGUAAUAUUCUGUAUAAACACAAAUUAUCUUCAUGCCGUGUGAUAAAUCCCUUUACAAAGUGGCCAAAUUCAUAGGUUUUGUGAGAUCAUGAGUUUGUAACAUUUAUAAUAUAAAAAACAGUUUUGUGAUGAUGACUUCAUUACUCUUCGGCUUUUUAGAUCAGCAAUCAAGUCGUCUUGCAGCUCGAGAUUGUUUUUACACUGGUGAGCAUGUUUCCACUUAAUGAUCUGGGUUGUUUUCUGACCCUUAAGUAAUAAAUGUGGACGAUUCUGA